GCAGCUGGCUGGCUAUGGCUUUCCUCCGCACCGCGUCGUCGUAGCUUCGCAAGGGCGUUGUUGCCGGAAUCACGCUCCUUGUCGCAACCACUAGGGUUGGUUAUUCAUGACUGAAUGAAUUCCUCCUUCUUCUAAUUUCCAUGCCCUCCCCUCCUCUGUCUCCUCCCACCGGGUGAGGUCCUCCGACUGCUUCCUCACCCGAUCAUCUCCUGUUAUUUUGUUUGUUUAUUUUUCCUGUAUUCUAUUAGGAUUGGCAAGGGAUUGGGAAGGGAUUGGUUAGUAAUCACCGCUCUCGGCGUCUUCAACGGUGCAGAGCCUUGCGGUGGAAGGGAAAGCGGUUUGGCUUGCGAGAGGAGGAGUAUUUUUUUCCGAGGUUACUGGAUUGCAGCGACGGGGAUUGAGGUUAAGGUUUUUGUCCGCCCAGGGUUGUUGUCGAAAAUGGUUGCCAUGGAUCUGUUCCGGUCGGAGGAGAUGACUCUCGUCCAGCUUAUCAUUCCUGCCGAAUCGGCUCACGAUACCGUCACCUACUUGGCGGAGCUUGGUCUGCUCCAGUUUAAAGAUUUAAACCCAGAGAGGAGUCCAUUUCAGCGAACUUAUGCUAACCAGGUUAAGCGAUGUGGAGAAAUGUCAAGAAAGAUACGUUACUUUCAGGACCAAAUUACAAAAUCUGGUAGAACAGCUGCAUACAGGCCUUUGAGGGACAAAGAUAUAGGUGUAGAUGAGCUUGAGGCAAAACUUACGGAUCUCGAGGCCGAGUUGUUAGAAAUCAACGCAAAUACUGAUAAACUUCAGCGAACCCAUAGUGAACUUACCGAGUUUCAGUUAGUGCUGCACAAGGCUGGUGCUUUCUUCAGUUCCGUGAGGAAUGCAGCAAAUACUGUGCAACAAAGAGCAGAUAUUGAGAAUGGUUCCUCAAUUGGAGAAGCUAUUGAUCGCCCACUUCUACAAGAACAGACCGAGCCAUCAAAGCAAGCUAGGUUGGGCUUUAUUACAGGGGUGAUUCCCAAAAUUAAAGCAGCAUCUUUUGAGCGCAUUCUUUUCCGAGCUACUCGAGGCAACAUGUUUCUGAAACAGGCUUCAAUUGAAGAUGCUGUUGUAGAUCCAGCUACUGGUGAAAAGAUAGAGAAAACAGUUUUUGUUAUAUUCUUUUCUGGAGAGCGCGCCAAAACAAAGAUUUCCAAGAUCUGCGACGCUUUUGGGGCCAAUUGUUAUCCUUUUCCUGAGGAGUCCAGUAGACAGGGGCAUAUGAAGACUGAGGUUGACAAUAGACUACUUGACCUGCAACAUACACUUGAUGCUGGUAUUAACCACAGAGACAAUGUUCUUAACAGCAUUGGAAACAAUCUUGACCAAUGGACUGUUAUGGUGAGACGUGAGAAGGCAGUGUACCAUACACUCAAUAUGUUAAGCAUCGAUGUUACACGCAAGUGUCUAGUCGCUGAGGGCUGGUGCCCUGUCUCUGCCAAGCCCAAGAUCCAAGAUGCACUUCAAAGAGCAGCAUUUGUCAGCAACUCUCAGGUUAAUACGAUCUUUCAAGUUCUUCACACGAAGGAAUCGCCACCUAGUUAUUUUGAAACCAACAAGUUCACCAAUGCAUUCCAAGAAAUUGUGGAAGCUUAUGGUGUGGGACGGUAUCAGGAAGCAAAUCCUGGAUGUUUUACCAUAAUAACUUUCCCUUUCCUAUUCGCUGUUAUGUUUGGUGACUGGGGACAUGGAAUCUGUUUACUUCUGGGGGCUCUUUAUCUUGUAUUAAAUGAGAAGAAACUUGGGAGCAAGAAACUUGGCGAUAUUAUGGAGAUGGCUUACGGAGGUCGUUACGUGAUUCUUUUAAUGGCUAUUUUCUCUAUUUACACUGGUUUUAUAUAUAACGAAUUUUUCUCCGUCCCAUUUGGGUUUUUUGGAGGAUCAGCGUAUCGGUGCCCGGACUCACAAUAUUCUAUUGAGAGUUGCCCGAUGGCGACUACUUCUGGAAUGGAGAAAUGGUCAUAUGAGCCUUAUGCGUUUGGGGUAGACCCUAUUUGGCAUGGAUCUCGAUCAGAGCUCCCAUUUACCAACUCGUUAAAGAUGAAGAUGUCAAUCCUGUUGGGCAUUGCUCAGAUGAACCUGGGCAUUCUAUUGAGCUACUUCAAUGCUAGAUACUUUCGCAGUGCACUUGACGUUUGGUACCAGUUUAUUCCACAGCUGUUGUUUCUCAAUGCUCUCUUCGGCUAUCUAUCAUUUCUAAUAGUUCUGAAGUGGUGCCAAGGAAGCAAGCCCGAUCUGUACCAUGUAAUGAUUUACAUGUUUCUAAGUCCUACUGAAGACCUUGGUGAGAAUCAGCUCUUCAUGGGUCAAACUUUUGUUCAGAUUGUGCUGUUGUUAGUAGCCUUGGUUGCUGUUCCUUGGAUGCUAUUUCCAAAGCCUCUUAUUUUGCGAAAGCGACAUGUUCAGAAAAUGCAGGGAAGAGCUUACGGAAUGUUGAGAGAGUCUGAUACUGAAUCAACUGACUUGGAAAUCGAUGGUGAACAUGACGAAGAGGAGUUCGAAUUUGGUGAAGUGCUUGUGCACCAAAUGAUUCACACUAUUGAGUUUGUGUUGGGUGCUGUGUCCAACACUGCUUCUUAUCUGCGACUGUGGGCGCUCAGUCUUGCGCACGCACAGCUUUCUGCAGUGUUUUACGACCGAGUUCUUAUGUUCGCUUGGGGGUAUACAAAUCCGAUAAUCAGACUUAUUGGUCUGAUUGUGUUUGCAUCUGUAACCUUCGGUGUGCUGCUGCUUAUGGAGACAUUAAGUGCCUUCCUUCAUGCACUGCGUCUUCACUGGGUGGAGUUUCAGAACAAGUUCUAUCUAGGGGACGGCUACAAGUUUCAACCAUUUUCUUUCAGGACUCUCUCAGAGGAGGAUGACCUGUAGUUUUCAUCCUAUCCAGAUGAUCAGAACUGAUAAUUUCCAAUUAUGUUUACUACCAAUUGUAUCUAUUGAUUCAUAACAACUCGCAUUGUUGAGGUUCUUCAAAUUGUA